UUUUUUUUUUCUUUUUCUUUUCAAAAAGAAACGAAAACGAAAACCCGAACCCUCCUUUAUUUAAUCUCUAUUGCACUGAAACUCCCCCUUCACUCGCUCACUCACUCACUCCCUCGCUCUCUAUCUAAUCAGUAAUGGAAUCCCUAAUCCUCCAACUCCACGAAAUCUCCGCCGUCAAAUUCGGAAGCUUCAAGCUGAAAUCCGGAAUCACCUCCCCUAUCUACAUAGACCUCCGUCUCAUAAUCUCCUACCCUUCCCUCCUCCGCCACAUCUCCCAAACCCUAAUCUCCUCCGUCUCUUCUUCCUCUUUCGACCUCAUCUGCGGCGUACCCUACACCGCACUCCCAAUCGCCACGUGCGUCUCCAUUUCCAACAACAUCCCUAUGGUUAUGCGCCGAAAGGAAGUUAAGGAUUAUGGAACGGCAAAAGCGAUUGAAGGUGCAUUUAGAAAUGGACAGACUUGUUUGAUUGUUGAAGAUCUUGUUACUAGCGGUACUUCUGUUCUCGAAACUGCAGCUCCUUUGCGUGCUGCUGGGUUAAAUGUUACCGACGCUGUCGUUUUGAUUGAUAGAGAACAAGGCGGGAAAGAAAAUUUGGAAGUUAAUGGGAUUAAAUUGCAUUCCAUUAUUAAGUUAACAGAGAUGGUUAAAGUUUUGAGAGAGAAAGGUAAGUUAGAUGAGGAAACCGAGAGAAGUGUUAUGAAGUUUCUUGAUGGGAAUAAGAAGGUGGCUGCGCCAGCUAUGGAGAAACAGAAGCUGAAGAUUGUUAAAGGUUUGAAAUUUGAAGAGAGAGCUAAGUUGGCCAAGAAUCCUACUGGGAAAAGAUUGUUUGAGGUUAUGGUUAAGAAAGAGAGUAAUUUGUGUCUGGCUGCUGAUGUUGGUACUGCUGCUGAAUUGCUUCAACUUGCUGAAAAGGUUGGACCAGAGAUAUGCAUGUUGAAAACUCAUGUUGAUAUAUUGCCUGAUUUCACUCCUGAUUUUGGUUCAAAACUUCGCUCGAUUGCAGAUAAGUACAAUUUCUUAAUUUUUGAAGAUCGCAAAUUUGCAGACAUUGGAAACACUGUGACAAUGCAAUAUGAGGGGGGAAUCUUCCAUAUUCUGGAUUGGGCUGAUAUAGUUAAUGCUCACAUUAUUUCUGGCCCUGGAAUUGUGGAUGGACUCAAAUUGAAGGGUUUACCUCGUGGUAGGGGCCUGUUGCUGCUUGCAGAAAUGAGUUCAGCUGGUAACUUUGCAACUGGAGACUACACAGCAGCAGCAGUAAAAAUUGCUGAAGAACAUUCAGAUUUUGUCAUUGGCUUCAUCUCAGUUAAUCCCGCCUCAUGGCCAGGCGUUCCAGUAUAUCCGGCAUUUAUUCAGGCAACUCCAGGAGUUCAGAUGGUGAAAGGGGGAGAUGCCCUUGGGCAGCAAUAUAAUACUCCAUAUUCCGUGAUUAAUGAUAGGGGCAGUGACAUCAUCAUAGUUGGCCGUGGGAUUAUAAAAGCAGCAGAUCCUGGGGAGACAGCGCGUGAAUAUCGGCUCCAAGGAUGGGAUGCAUACCUGGCUAAAUGCACAUGAUGGUGAAAUUAGGGACUGCUCACUUUGCAUCUCUGUCUCAGUUUUGAUCUACUCGGGCGGUAAUUGUUCGUGAAGCUGGUGAGGCGAGUUUGAAACAUUGCUUAAUGAUGUUUCAACAAUUUGUUGUGGGGUGUAUAAUGCAAUUUGAUAGAAGCGUUUUUCUGCAUUUAUAAUAAACUAAGCUGGCCCUUUCUGGUCUAAUGUAUGCGAGGCAGUGUCAAACUCAAAAGGUUUGUUUGUAAACAUGUUAAAUGAUUGAGUAACUAAAGGCUUUCAAACUGUUCUGAUUCAACACUGUAAAAAGAUGAAAUAAUUUCACAGAGCAUAGUUGUUUUGA